AUGGCUGGAAAACCCAAGUUGCACUAUGCUAACGGGAGAGGGAAGAUGGAAUCCAUCCGUUGGCUGCUUGCAGCAGCUGGAGUAGAGGUUUGUGUGCCCAUAAAAGGAAGAGGCGGGGCAAUGCUGGGUAGAUGAACCAACAAUGGCCAAAAUAAAUAGCCUCUUCUGCACAGGAAGCAGAAGAUGCCACAGAUGUCUUAUCAACAUAACUGUGUGUGCGCAUGUUCCUGUAUAUAUUCUUAUAUGCAUUUAUAUAUGUGUGCUUCAGCUCAGGAAAACUACUGAAGCAUAUGAUGAAAUAGAGUGUAGUCUUUCAAAAAUAUGCUCCUGCUUAUGUCACUCAAGCAGUGAAGCCAAUUUCCACCCACUUUUAAGGGUGUGGUUUUCUCAAUUCUGGGCGCUCAUACGCUGUAUGGGAAAUAUCCGUCCCCAGAAAGCAAACACUUUGGCUGACAAUUAAAAGACCAUUUUUUCAUAUUGACUCAUACAGCGGAAGCCAAUGCAUGUUCACUUAGAUGUGAGUCGCACUCAGCAGAUAUAGGACUGCAGCAUCAAUCAUCUGCUAGGGAACCUGCAGCUAUAUUUUAGAAUAUAUAAUUUCCAAUGUAAUAGAAAUGUCACCAGUAAGAGAGGUGAAUCAUAAUGCAGUUAUACCUCAGAAGUCGAACGGAAUCGGUUCUGGAAGUCUGUUCGACUUCCAAAACAUUCAGAAACCAAGGCGUGGCUUCCGAUUGGCUGCAGGAAGGCACAGAACCCACGUCGGACGUUCGGGUUCCAAAGAACGUUUGCAAACUGGCCAAACUGUUCAGCUUGCAAAGUGUUCGACUUCCAAGGUACGACUGUAUUCCACAGCUACAGAAAGAGGGCCAAGGGGAAUUGGAUGUCUGGCAAUGGUUCAGAGUCCUCCGUCUGGGUCUUAUUUCAAUGGGUUGAAUGGCUUGUCUUUUGAAGACAUUUUUAGGAAUAUGCUUAUAUGAAUAGCGUGGCUAAUCUGCACAAUGAAAACAAAAAUAGUAAAGAAAAUAUGCAUUGUGUAGAGUCUGAGCAUUUGAUUUCUGCAAAGACAAAGAGCCCAUUUUCACCCAACCACUGCUUCUCUAAUAGAAAUCAGUUCAAAUGAAGGGUACGGAUUGAGAAAAAUGAAAUUUAAAAGCUGUACUGCAUCUUGCAGUUUUUCAAAAAUUCCAAGAAGCAUCAGCUGCUCUUAAACUAAAAUAAAAGAUAAGUAUCUGUUAAUUAUUCUCUGCAAGGUCAGCAAAGACUUGUAAAGUUAGGAUAUAUAGAUAUAUAUAUAUUGGCUGCUUUGUUUCAGUUUGAAGAAGAAUUUAUAGAGAAAAAGGAAGACUUGGAAAAAUUACGGAAUGGUAAGUCUAUAGGUGAAAGUGUUGCCCGCAUGCAACUGCUUUAAAGACUGGCUCUGCAGUGACUGAAUCUGUUAAAAAUAAAAACCACUUUGUCCUGGGGUCCAUGUCAGUGUCUACACAUAGUUAUUUUCAGGGGUGAGAUUGGUUCAGCCUUCCCUUGAACUAGAAAAACAAUAGGGAAUUUAGAUUUAGGGAUGUUGAAGAAUUUCAAGCAAAGUGGAAAUGGGAGGGGAAAUUGCCAGUGUUUGCUUAUUUGUCUAAUGUCCAGAAGAGAAAUCAAUCCAGUUAAUGGGAUUAAGCCUGGAUAGCUUAGUUGGUUAGAGCAAGGUGUUGAUAAACCCAAGACUGCAGGUUCCCCGUGUGGGACAGCUACACAUUCCUGCAUUGCAGGGGUUUGGGACAAGAUGAUCCUCAGGGUCCCUUCCAACUCUACAAUUCUAUGAUUGGUAUGCACUGUUGUUGCUUUCUGUCCACAGACAAUAAAUAAAUGAUUGUGCCAUUCAUUCAUUCACUCAUUUAUUCAUUCAUUUCCUACCCUUCACCAUAAGGUCCCCGGGUGGGUUACAACAUUGAAACACAACAUUAAAAACAAUUUGAAACAAUGUAUACACACAUGAAGGGACGCGGGUGGCGCUGUGGGUUAAACCACAGAGCCUAGGACUUGCCGAUCAGAAGAUCGGCGGUUCGAAUCCCCGUGACGGGGUGAGCUCCCGUUGAUCAGUCCCUGCUCCUGCCAACAUAGCAGUCUGAAAGCACGUCAAAGUGCAGGUAGAUAAAUAGAUACCGCUCCGCCGGGAAGGUAAAUGGCAUUUCCGUGUGCUGCUCUGGUUCGCCAAAAGCGGCUUAGUUAUGCUGGCCACAUGACCUGGAAGCUGUACGCCGGCUCCCUUGGCCAAUAAAGCGAGAUGAGUGCCGCAACCCCAGAGUCGGUUAUGACUGGACCUAAUGGUCAGGGGUCCCUUUACCGUUUAUACACACAUGAGAUGUAUACACACAGAGACACACAUUUGUGUUGUGCUUCCUUUGUAUUAGAAGGAAUGAGAUGGCGUAAUAUAACGACAAUAUGAUUUACACAAUGAGUUAUGUAAGUCACGUAAUUUCGCCAAUGGUGAACAGAAUAGAAAUAGCGCAUGGAACAAAUACAGGGUGGAAAUAAAACGAUGCCUUUCCAUGUUCCUAUUUGAGCUGUGCAGACCAAAAGGAAGGCAGAUUUUCCUGAAGAAAGAUCUGUAUCAGAGACUUAAUACACCAUUUUUAACUUUCAAAGAAGGCAGUCUGAAUCGAUCUGAAGUAUUGGUUUAAGCUGCUUAAGUUGGUAAGGACUGAAUCACUUAUCCCACACCCACCCCCUUUUUUAAAGAUGGACAGCUCCUGUUUCAGCAAGUGCCCAUGGUGGAAAUGGAUGGGAUGAAGAUGGUGCAGACGCGAGCUAUUCUCAGCUACAUUGCAGCAAAGCACAACCUCUACGGGAAGGACCUGAAGGAGAGAGCACUGUACUUAUGAACAUGUAGAAUUCACUCUAGGUCUAUUUUUUGAAUAGAAAGCCAGCUCUUGACAGAAGCUGAAAAUAUGGAAUGUAUGCACUGAACUGCAAACAUCCAGCUAUCUUCCUGCUUUUGCAUCUCUGUAUUCCUAGAGCUAGAGCUAGCUAUGUCACAGUGUGACUCUUACAAGGAAAUUUAGGCUAUAGCUACUUGGGGAGGAAAACCGUGCCAUAACAUGGUAAUGGCAAGCUUAACAUAACUGUCAACUUUCCAACCAUGUAUGGAAGAUGCCAGAUUGAAUAUCAGAAAAUGGAAAGACAUUGCAUAUGUUAUUUAUAAUACAGUAUUAAUUAUUCUCUUAUUUCUGUGUAAUUAUGAUAUGCUCUAAUUAUAUUUAGAUUGACCUGUACUUUCACGAUAAUAAUUGGGUGGUAAUUUCUUGUCUGAGGAUAUGCAACAUUAAAAUGGGAAAACGGGAAGCCACGGGGGGGUUAUUGUUGUUGUUGUUUAGUCAUUUAGUCAUGUCCGACUCUUUGUGACCCCAUGGACCAGAGCACGCCAGGCACUCCUGUCUUCCACUGCCUCCCACAGUUUGGUCAAACUCAUGCUGGUACCUUCGAGAACACUGUCCAACCAUCUUGUCUUCUGUCGUCCCCUCCUCCUUGUGCCCUCAAUCUUUCCCAACAUCGGGGGGGGGUAGGAAGUCUAAUAGGAAUAGAUGGAGAAAAUAUGUAGAAUAUGCGUAUAUGUAUUGAAAUUUGGGAAAAAUGAAAAAUAAAAUAAUAGUAAUAAUAAUAAAGCAAAAAGGGAAAGAAAUAAGAGAAACUAACAAAACAAACCCUGAAAGUAACUGUGCUAAUGGCUUCUUUCAGGAUUGACAUGUACGUGGAAGGAACAACUGAUCUGAUGGGGAUGAUAAUGACGCUCCCUUUCCAGCCCCCUGAGAACAAAGAAAAGCAGACCAGCCUAAUUUUUGAGAGGGCCACAACCAGAUACUUCCCAGUUUAUGAAAAGGUAAGGGAUUGUCAGGUAGCAACGUAGAAUGUGCAGCUAGAUAUCGACUGCUGAAGGUGUAUGGGGAGAACCAUCCAUAGCAGCAGCAAAAUUCUGAGGAAGCACUUAAAUGUGGAAUAGUAAACCUACAAGUCUACCAACUUUUUUGGGGAGGUAGUACAACUCUUGCCCCAACCCCAGAGUCGUCUGCGACUGGAGUUAACUGUCAGGGUUUCUUUACCUUUACCUUUUUUACAACUCUCCUAAUUCCUGACCAUUGGCCAUGCUGGCUAGGGCUGAUGGGAGUUGGAGUCCAGCAAAUAUUUGUUUUCCCACCCCAGAUGUCAAGUUCCAAUGCUACUGAGUGUCGCGUAUUCCUCGCAGAACGCUCAGAGUCCCAGGUUCUUUAGUGCAGUCUUGUUUAAUGUGAGCUAAAUACAAAUAUUUACAAAAGCAGUUCAUACAGAGUACCUGCACCUUGAGGCAAACGAAGACUCUACACCACUCCACCACAGCACCACCACAAUUACUGUUGAACAGGCUUUUCUUUUAAAACAGGUGACAGCCAAUCACAUUACUGCUGAGUCAUUCUGACCCAGCACUUCACAGAGUAUUGCAUCAGCCUGUUGCAAACUGAAGCCUGAAGACUUACUCAGCACCCUGUGAAUCCCAACACUGAGCAGAGGAUCACAGCAAUGAGGGCCUUUCAGUGUUAUGCAGUGGGAUACAUGCAGGUGUGUAAAAUGUAUACAGUGGUACCUCGGGUUACAUACGCUUCAGGUUACAGACUCCGCUAACCCAGAAAUAGUGCUUCAGGUUAAGAACUUUGCUUCAGGAUGAGAACAGAAAUCGUGCUCCGGCGGCGCGGCAGCAGCAGGAGGCCCCAUUAGCUAAAGUGGUGCUUCAGGUUAAGAACAGUUUCAGGUUAAGUACAGACCUCCGGAACGAAUUAAGUACUUAACCCACUGUAUUUGAAUGAAAAAGCCAAGUGGCUGCUCUCAUGGGACAGUCCCUGCCUGCCUCUCAGCCUUACAUGUCUGAAACACAAAAGAAGCAGAAAUAAUCCACAAGGAGCCUCUGUUGCCCAGUCUGAGCCAGGGGUCUACAAACCCUCAACACUGACUUCUAUUUCUUUGUAUGCCACAGGUUUUAAAAGAUCAUGGACAAGAUUUCCUUGUUGGUGGGAAGUUCAGCUGGGCAGAUGUCCAUCUGCUUGAAGCUAUUCUGAUGGUCGAAGAGAUGAAGCCUGAUGUUCUUUCUGCAUUUCCUCUGCUGCAAGUGAGUGAACUAGGACAUGUUCUGAGAAAUGAGAUGGAACGGAAACUGUAAGACUGUGUGUAUUCACAGAGUGCAAAUACAGCAACUGGAUAAACGUCAGUCAUAGGAGUGUGUUGCACUUAGCAUGUCAUCAUCUCGAUGAUGGUGAUUAUGGUGGUGUAUGAGAGCAAGUCCAAGUGGCCAUCUGGGGGAUAUGUCUUAUGUCAGGCAUCUGGAAGUUUCUGUGGAGCAGGCAUCUAGACUUCUGCAUCUACUUUGCUUGAUGAUAAAAGUGCUUCAUCUCCUGGCUAGAAUUGCCUUAGUUUGAUGCAUUACAAGACAACCUGACCAAAAAAAGGCUCACCGGAUUAUAAAGGUGGAGGCGGGGCUUGUAGAAAGACUAUAGAGAAAGUUCAGAUUUCACAUGUGGCUUGAGGACCAUGGGACAAUAGGACCACAGAUCUUCUCCUUCCCAUAGGUGAUUGAAUGUGAAAAUUAUUGUUACUGUGUUCAUUAAUCAGUCAGAAUCUAUUUGUUUGUGUGGGAAUGUUCAGGGAUGCAGGAGAGGCUAUAUUGUCUGAUAAUAGCCUUUCCAACUUGUGUUAACAAGUUCACAAUUUAGCAGAGUAACAUUCCCCUUUUUAAACUUGCAGCAGAUGCGUUUGCUCAGGCUCACUAAAGCCUCUAUAAUAACUGUUAUUAUUGGCUGGAGCCAAGAGAGCAUCUUUGGCUAAGCAGAUGUUGCUUCUUCGAUGCAUGUAGUCAAAACGAGAGGGAGAUGACUGCCCUGCCCUGUGCUUUUGUCGUUACCUGCACAGGUGAGGCCAUGCCCACUUCCAGUCACAGGAAGUUUACCUGCUGGCUGGAAAAACAUUCCUCCCCAUGUGUAAACUUGUUCACUCUAGGAAUGUUGUACUUUACUGCUCUUGUGUUUCACAUCCCACAGUUUGAAGGAAUGGGAUUUCUAUUACAAUCAAACCAGCCUUUUACCCAAUUUUAUUUUAUGAAUCAGAAAUAAAUAGGGAAGGGAGCAAAUUGAGACCCCCCCCCACAUUACUAAUAACCCCAUGUAGUAUUUAUGGUUUUUUUAAAAAAAAUCUUUUUAUUAACACAUACUGCACUACUUCAUUAAUUUAGACUCAUGGGCUUAAUUUUUUCUAUAUGGUUUUUGAAUGCUUGAAAAACAAGGUACUGCUUAUUAAUGAACAGAUAGAUUGCUUUUCAAAAUUCCUCCAUCAAAUGACCAUUUAAAAACUUUGUGAUUUUUAACUUUUAUCCUAUGAUAAAAGAACUGCUUGGAAUGACAUAAUCUUCAACACAUUUCUAGAAAUAAUAAUUAUUAUUACUAAACAUUUAGAAAAAUCUAAAAUUUUCAAAGCACUGCGCACAUAUUGAAAGUAAAAAUGGCCCUUGCCCCCAAGCUUGCAAUGAUACACAUGAUACAAAAGGGGAAAGGAAUGGGAAGGGAAGAGGAAAGCAAACAUUUGAAGCCAAUGGAUGGGGCCAGGCCCAGUGGCAGAGGAACCCUCUCUGGCACCUGGGGUGGUACAGCCCGUACAGACUGAGCAUGUGUGGCAUCUCGCGCGUGUGCACUCCUUAUGGAAUGCCGCACAUGCGCAGUCCAUAUGGGCUGCCACUCGCACACGGCAACCAUACGGGCUGCUGCACAAGCAGUAUCCCGUACGGACAGCGCACGAGAGCAGCAGCCCAUAUGGAUGGCACACGCCCUUUGCUGCUCUACACCCACCUUCCUACACUCCUGGCCAGGCCGGUCUUCUUCUCCAAUAUGUGAACUGCAUUUUUGUGUGUUAUUACCUUUAGUACUAAGUACCUAAGUACGUUAGUACCUAGUACCAUCUGUGUUAGUACCUUUUUCUUAGAAGUGCUUCUUGUUUUUCAAUAUAGGACGUGAAGGCAAGGGUAAGCAACAUCUCCACAAUUAAGAAAUUCUUGGAGCCAGGCAGCCAGAGGAAAUUUGAAUUAGACGACAAGGCUCUCCAAGAGAUCAGGAAGAUUUUCAACAUCUGAGAACAUCUGCUAUGAAGAUCACUACAAAUACUGGCAUGAUUUUAACAAAUCUGUAUGACUUCUCUCUUACCAGUUGGAGGAUUAACAGUGUAGUCCUAUUCAUGUCUAUUCAGCAUUAGUUCCAUUUGAAUUCAGCGUAGCUUACUUCUGGGUAAAUGCAGGUAUAGGAUUGGAGCCUAAAUCCGUAAAAUAGUAUUUCCUCUUGGUUCCAUAGUCUCAAAUGCUUUUGAUUGCAAACUCUUGAAAAAUGUAGUAAAUGAGAACUCUUUUGUGAAGAUUCUGAGGCCUCCUUUAGAUAUUAGUCUAAUGCAACCUUUCCAAACCUGGUAUGAUACCUUCCAGGGGUUUUGGACUAUAGUUCCCAUCAGCCACAGCCAGCACGGCCAGCAGUCAAAGAAUAAAAUUGCCAAAGUCAACAAAUAUUUGAUAUUGUGCAAGGAUUUUUUUUCAGCCGGAACUCACUGGAACUGAGUUCCACCACCUCUCUGGUGCAUUCCAGAGUUCAAAUGCUACUGAGUAGAGGAUCACGAUAAUGGCACUGUGUAAAUCCACAAAAGGAGAUGAUGAUAAUACUGUGUGAUGGUACAAUAAAAUGAAAUAAAGCAUUCUACAGCUUUUGUACUUCAGUGCCAUGUUUUACUUGAGUAGUCAAUAACAUGUCUGUUCUGUCAUGACUAGUUCCUGUUGUGCUUUGCGUAGAUGUGACGGGAUCUGUGUGGUCCUGCUGGAUCAGAGGCAAGCAAAAGAUAUCCUAUUAACGUACUCCCUGCCAGAAAAUGACCUGUUUUCAUAGCCUUCUACAGCAAUUAGUCUGACCAGCCAUAGCAGCAAUUCUUUACCAGUCCACCAUGCUAUCCUCAAGGAACGUUCUUCUCAGUUUUAUGAUUUGUCACAAAUUUGUCAAAGCCAGACAACAAAUAUGUGAUUUUCACUUGAUCAUCCGGAUCAGGUAUCUUACAUAACAAAUCAAGAAUAAUUUCUGGAUUGCCUGUAGAAAUCCAGUUUUGCAUACCUUUAAUUGUAGUGAUCUAUUCAGCCCAACCCCCAUCAAAAGGUGGGUGGGACCAACAGGGAAGCCCUGUGUAUUUGACCUUUUCCUGUAUUUUGUGGCUAGCAGCUGCAACCAGAGACUGCAGUGGCCUCCUGCCCAGUUAUACAAAGGUUUCAGUUGAAUAUACAGUACUAAGACCAGGAAUGUUUGCCCUUGGUGCAGCAGUACAGAUAUACAAUAAACCGAGUUGCAUCAUGUUACGCAAGCGUGAGACAACCUUUCCCAUUGUGAAUUAACUUUGCGUGACUGAUUUGUUGUAGGUGAAAAGUCUCACGAAAGGCAGAGUAAGUGUUUUUCUAUUUGCAAUAGGGAGUUUCUGCUACAGAUAAGCUGUUCUCUCAGAAGGUGGAGCUUCUGAGCUUUUAUAACCUGAGCCACACAAGUUCGGGGCUCACUCUGCUUGAGAAGAACUUCCACUUGUUCAGGACUUGCAGCAGGUUAGUAUUCUAAGGUAGAUGAUUGCUUUGGAGAGUCAUUGCUCAAGAGCAACACCCUGGACAGAGGAGUAGUGCAGGGACAAUUUCCAAAGACCUCACCUCUGCCCAAAGGUUUUCUUCUUCUUACCCGCAGAGUACAAAAGGUUUGUGGGUUGGGGAGGGGGGAUACUGUAAUCCUCAGACCUGUAAUCCUCAGAACAGAGACAUUUCCCUUUGGACAGACCAAAGGCAGGAGCUGGGCAGUGGGCAGAGUUCUAAAAAUAAUAUGGGGUUGGUCUUUGUUGCACCUCAGAGGAAAAAGAAAUCUUGGGUAAGAAUGGGAGAGAAAUUAGAUUCAUUUUUAAAAUAUUAACUCACCAAAUUUCAUUUCCCAAAAACAUAGCUAUCCCUUGAAAUUUGACUGCAGUUCUCCAGCCAAACAAUGUGUAAAAACACAUAUGGUGAGGUAAAAUGUGCAUAUAAAUGCAUAUAUUAUUGAAAGGAAUGUAGAAAAUGGGUGUGGUUAUCCAGGGUUGAGGAGGGUGUAGAUGCCAUCCAAUUAUCUUAGGGACUCCAGUCUGGAUUUGCUUAGGGUUUACUCCUUAGCCUUUUCUUCUUCCUAGGAUAUCCCACAGGGCAAUGGAGGUUUAGGGUCAGAGGCUACCUCCUCCUAGAUGGGUUACCUUCCCAGAUUGAUGAGCCCCACCUGCCCCUCACUUCCCUCUACAGCAUGUGCAGAAACCGCCUUCUUGACCCUUGGACCCACUGUUGGUCUCAUCCCUCAACCUGCCAGAGCCUGUCCUUGCGUAGAGGGGAGGUGCCUAACUCACAUGGGUUUGAGACCCACCAGCUAUCCUUACCUGGUUUAGCCAGCCAGUCAAAGAGGUGGUGCUUCAGAUGUGAUUCAUCACUACAAAGUCCCAUCAUCCCUGGCGGCUGGCCAUGCUGGAAAGCCAUGUGCCCAAACUUGCCUGAGGAGAUGAGAGGCAGCUGAUGGCAAUGGCAAUGGUGCAAGUACGAGGGGGAAGUUACAAUUUUGUGGCUCUGGGAACAUGGACCAUGGCUGUCCAAGAGGGGGUGAUAGUCAUAUAUUAUGGGUAGGCAAACUAAGGCCCAGGGCCCAGAUCCGGCCCAAUUGCCUUCUAAAUCCGGCCCACGGAUGGUUCGGGAAUCAACAUGUUUUUACACGAGUAGAAUGUGUCCUUUUAUUUAAAAUGCAUCUCUGGGUUAUUUGUGGGGCAUAGGAAUUCAUUCAUUUUUUUUUUCAAAAUAUAGUCCGGCCCCCCACAAGGUCUGAGGGACAGUGGACCGGCCCCCUGCCGAAAAAGUUUGCUGACCCCUGUCAUAGAUUGUUGUGGUUUUUUAAACUCUUGCUUCCUAUUUUAUCUGUGCAAUAAUAUGCUACAUCUGCUUGUGCUCCAUGAUUAUGAAAAAGAGUUUGUUAAAAAAAAUAAACCAGAAGGCUUUAUUUAGUAUGAAAUCUUUUCUUGCUGUAAGCAAUCACGAGAGCACCAUUUUGAACAGUUGUCCUGCUCUGCAGUGGUUUCCCUAUCAAACAUGACCUCGCAAUCUAUCUCUCUCUGUCUCUCAUCAUAACAGGAAAGCAAACACUUAGGAACAUGGCUGGGAAACCUAAGCUUUACUACUUCAAUGGAAGGGGCCGAAUGGAAAGCAUAAGGUGGCUGUUGGCUGCAGCAGGAGUCGAGGUUGGUUUGUCUUCUCUGACAAAGCACCUUUCCCGCACCCCCAAAAAAGAAUCAAGGGAACUGUUGUUUUUCCAGCAUUCUUAUAUUUCAGGCAGUUUCCAAAUUUGGGUCCAGCAUUAUCAUUUGUGAGUGAGGUGCCUGCUUCAGGCGGGGGAUUUUAUCUAUCCUGGAAGGGGCAGCUAAUUGAUGAGUUAUCUUCAUUCAUUAUUAUUGUACUUUUGCUGCUAAGUAGGGGGGGAGGAGACAUGAUUGUGUGGACAGGCGGAGUCACCCAAACCCUGGGCGGCCCCCGUGUGGAAUAACGACUCAAGACAACGUGCUAUGGGAUUAAAAUUGGCCACAACUUUAUUAUGUUUCAGAUGUGGGUAGACCUUGGCUCAGGCAUUGGACGUUUAUCCCUCUCAGUCCCCCACCAGGGAUCUGGGGAACAUCAGGGUUAUCCAGUGGGGGGGGAUGGGCUGGCUCUGGAGAACAUAUGUUCAAGCAGAGAGAGCCUGCCCCUGUUACGCCGCCGUCGCAAGGAAAGCAAUGACAACCUCCAGGCAUACGGCCGAAGCCUCCCCUCAAACAACCCCUUUAAUGGGGAACCCUGGAAUCGCCGCCACAAAGAGAAGGGGGGCAUGAGUCACCGCUGAACGCCCCCCCCCAUUUAGGGAAGAUAGACUAAAGGAUUCCGCCCAAGGCCUGAUACUGCCAAAGUUGUGACGUUUUGAUACAGGAAAGCAGAACAUGCCAAUGCAGGAGAAUUCCUUUCCGACCCUUCAACAGCGACCUUGACAUAGUAGCACCUGCAUACCUGUGAAGAAAAGGUUAACCUGCAAAAGAAGUCUUAACUGAUGGUGGGUAGGGUGGGAGAAGCUCUGGAGCCAACUGACAAUUCCCAUGUAAGAUCCUCCCCCUACUGUGUGGGCAGGUGGUCCCUCCCCCUAACUGGCCUGAUCACCUUGGCAACGCCUCCCCAGGCGGGAUUGGGCAACUGGCUGAGGUAGGCAGAGACCUCCAGGUAUCCCACUUGGGGAAAGCCAAGCCAAGCCUGUGCUAAUGGUGCCACAUAGGGUCCAGGGGGCUUCACAUGACCACGCAAAGAGCACCCCCAUUUAAUGUGGGGAGCGGUCAUUGUGGGAUUUACUGCUUCAAGUGCUAAAAUGAUAUGACUAGCCUGUAGUACUUGAUUUGUGCAUGGGAAACAUUUGUUGUUCUGUCCCAGACAGAGAAGAUUAUUGGGUGGGCUGGCCCGGAAUUCGGCUGUGAAAGGGGAGUUUUCAUCAAAUUUUGAAAACUUGAAAGGCCCUGUGUCAUUUUUGGAGCCUGAAAUUAUUUCAUGAGACCCUUGAAAUAUUCUGCCUCUUUUAUUUUUUAGUUUGAAGAACAAUUAAUUGAGACCAAAGAAUAUCUAGAAAAAUUAAAGCAUGGUGAGUAUGUUAUCUGAGUAUCAGUGGGACUGUCUUCUAGUACAGUAAAGCCUUAUAGUCUUAAUACCAGGGGUUUUCAAAGUGGACUUGUUUCUCCAGUUCUGCAUUGUGCACACUUUCAGGCAGGAAUAUGUGUCAAUACACAGUUGUGAUCUAGUUAUAUUGCAUUUUUCUCUCUUCUUUGAAAGAAAAGAGUUUUCCAGAUACCCACAACACAUACCACUCAACUCUGCAUUGUGCAGAAUGGUUUGCUUGUUUUUUAGCUGGAGAACAGAAGUAGCUUAAAUAACAUACAAAACUAGUUUCCAAUGUGUGAUUGCUGUACUAAUUUAACACAUGUUCUGCAAAAGGGUUUUGAGGGAAAAGCAGAGGCAAACAUGAUUAUCGCAAAGGCUCAAUGUAAAAGUAAAGUCUCAAAAUCAAAGCAUGGCUUGGGAGAUGCUCCUGAAAAUUUACUUUCCAUAGUAAUUACCUGGGAGGAUGGACUGAUUUUUCAUCUUCCUUUCACAAGGUGGAGACCUGCUCUUUCAGCAAGUGCCCAUGGUGGAAAUGGAUGGGAUGAAGAUGGUGCAGAGCCGAGCUAUUCUCAACUACAUUGCCGCCAAAUAUAAUCUCUCUGGGAAGGACGUGAAGCAGAGAGCAUGGUACUGUAACAUUCCUUUAAGUUUGGUUACUAAAUGCAUACUUUGGUUUGCUGUACAUGAUAUAACAUCAUCUCUGGUCUGUCAUAUGAUCUACUGAUGAGUUAUGAGUCAGCAUGUUUCAUCUCUACUGUCAGAUUGGGCAAGAAAGGGUCCAAUAUGAGGUAAUUUGACCUCUCAGUCCCAGCAAAGUUCAUGUGGACUGGUUCAUUUGAAAUCAAUGAAUUUUCAUGUAAUCCCAAUAGGAGAUUGGGAGGUCAUUGUCCCUUCCCAAUGUUUUUUUUUGGGGGGGGGGUUUCAUGCAAAUGUAUAAAAUUGAUUUUUGAUAUAAGGCUUUCUUUAUAAAAGGUCUAACUGGUGAAGAUCACUAUACUGGAAAGCACAUUAUAGGGGCUUUUGUUGCAUAGAAAGAGGCUUUUUCCAGGGAAAAUGCCCUUUCUCCAACAUACAGGAUCAUUGUACUUGUUUUUCUGCUGGGUCAUCACACAUUUUUGCCUGUGACACUACCGCCCAAUUCCCCCACAAGGUUUUGGCUCUGCAUUAUCAUAAUUAGUACCAUUGCUGCUGCUGCUACCACUACGGUUUUUCUUGUUUCAAAUUUUUUUAUUAAAUCUUCCAAAUUUUACACAACACAAAAUAACAAAAAACAAAACAUACAAAAAACAAACAUACAUUCAAAACUUCUUACAGAUAAAGAUCCAAAUUACAUUCCAUUAUUGAGAGACUUCCUCAAAUCCUUCCUAACUGAUUUUCAUUAAAUCUCAUUUUAGCAAUUUUCCAAUAUCCACUUUCUAAUAAAAUUAACCUGUUCAAAUUACUAAUUUCCUUUCUUUCCAUAUUAUUCUUAAUCCAUAAUCUUAUACAACCACUACUGUUUUUCUUAUUAUUAUCUGAAUAUGGGAGGAAGAAACACUUUCUCUUUCAAAUAGGAUUGAUAUGUAUUGCGAAGGUGCUAUGGAUCUGAAUGAAUUGAUAAUGAUGCUUCCCUUCAAGCCAGCUGACAGCAAGGAGAAAGAGUUUGCAAACAUUAUUGAAAAAGCCACCACCAGAUACUUUCCAGUCUUUGAAAAGGUAUGGGGCAAAGGAAACUUACAAACCUUUUAACACAACAAAGUCACCUAUGCUCAGCUGGAGUUGGUAGCUGGUAAUGUUGAUAGGACUGCUUGGCUCAUCAGAAAUCAUUUCCUUAUUCCUUGUAUUUUCCAAGCUUCUGAGCUAAAAGUAAAAAAAGUAAAACAUGAAUCACACACAGUGUUCGUUUACCAUGUGAACUCUGAUCUCAGAAUCUGCCCUGCCUUAUUGAAACAUGAUAAGCAGUGGUUUGGGAAGAGGGAAUGUAAUGAUCAAGCUUCUCUUUCUUAGCCAGCAGUUUGUUAGAAGACAUGAAUCAGAACUGAUACAAAUACUCUCGAUCUCCUGAUACAGUAUAAUCUGGGCGCGUGAUAUUCAAAAGUGGUUCAGAUAUAGAUUCUCCAUUUUGUGUAUGUACCUGAAGUACUCUUCAAACAUUUCCUGCUCUAUAGGUCCUCAAAGAUCAUGGACAAAAUUACCUGGUAGGAAAUCAGCUCAGCAGAGCAGAUAUUCAAUUGCUUGAAACCAUUUUAAUGGCAGAAGAGCUGAAGGCUGAUAUUCUCUCCAAAUUCCCUCUUUUAAAGGUAAGCAUGCUUACUGAAGCAUAAGCAAAGUUCUAGUAUGGCACUUUUAUUCUUUGCAUAUCUAAAACACCAUUGUCUCUGGAUUUCUAUUGCACAAAGUCUAAAUCACACAGGAGGCCCACAUUCAUGGAUAAGCCUUCUGUGAAUUAAAUUUAGACACAAACAGGUAACCUACCUACGAUUAUAGACCUGCAAUGGAGCUUGAAUAUUGACCUCCCUCUCCAAAGGGGCAUGCCUGAAAUAACAGGGUUUAGUGUACGUAUAAAGUUUGAGUACAUAUAAUGUUUAUCACUUGUAGUUUCAUUAUUGACUAUGAAAUCAUAGUAACCGUAAGCGGCAAAUGAUUAUUUGGGGAUACCACCAUUUCUCCUUUUCUCUUCUAAAAUAUUUUGCGCUCUCUCUCUCUCUCUCUCUCUCUCUCUCAGGCCUUUAAAGAGAGAAUAAGCAACAUCCCGACAGUGAAGAAAUUUCUGCAGCCUGGUAGUCCAAGAAAAGCACCAAUAGAUGAAAAGGCUAUUGAAAAGGGAAGGAAAAUUUUCGCCUGA